ACCACCGACGCCAUCUUGGCAGUUUGUUGUUGAGGUUGAGGACCAGCCCCUCGCUGUAAUCUGCGCAGGGUCGCAGGGGCGUGCGGUUGUCUUCAAAACGACUGAGACCAUGACUGGCGGGACCGAGUUCCACAAGAGCUACAACAACAACAACAACAACAGCAAGGACUCCGAGUCCGGGAUGGACGUAGACAUGGAUUCGAGUCAUAUGGAAAGCGAGCGGGGAGAUCUGGACGGUAGUAUCCCGGCUGCGUGCUCCUCUAACGGCAGCGGCGGGGAGGAAGACGAGACGGAGGCCAUUGGACGCGCCAGAGAAGCCGGGGGCUGUAGUAGUCAGCACACCCCGGACCGAGGAGGGGUGCUCGGCUGCGGCAGGGAGCAAGAGGUGUCGGUAGAAAUCGGAGAGACGUAUUUAUGUCAACGGGCCGACAAGACAUGGCACACAGCAGAGGUUAUUCAGUCCAGACUGAAUGAGCAGGAGGGCAGAGAGGAGUUUUACGUUCAUUAUGUAGGAUUCAACAGACGGUUGGAUGAGUGGGUGGGUAAGGCCCGUCUGGCGCUCACCAAGACGGUGAAGGAUGCGGUGAGGAAGAGCACGGAGAUCGGAGGCGUCGGCGACCUGGGUGAACAGCCUGAGAGGAAGAUCACCCGCAACCAGAAGCGCAAACAUGACGAGAUCAACCACGUGCAGAAGACGUAUGCAGAGAUGGACCCGACAACAGCUGCCCUGGAGAAGGAACAUGAGGCGAUCACAAAAGUAAAAUACGUGGAUAAGAUCCAGAUAGGAAACUUUGAGAUCGAUGCCUGGUACUUCUCGCCGUUUCCUGAGGACUACGGCAAGCAGCCCAAGCUGUGGAUCUGCGAGUACUGUCUCAAAUACAUGAAGUACGAGAAAACCUUCAGGCAUCACCUGUCACACUGUCAGUGGAAGCAGCCUCCAGGCAAAGAGAUCUACAGAAGAAGCAACAUCUCCGUGUAUGAAGUGGACGGUCGGGACCACAAGAUCUACUGUCAGAAUCUCUGUCUACUAGCGAAGCUGUUUCUCGACCACAAGACGCUUUAUUUUGACGUGGAGCCCUUCAUCUUCUACAUCCUCACUGAAGUCAACAAACACGGGGCGCACAUCGUCGGCUACUUCUCCAAAGAGAAAGAGUCUCCAGAUGGGAAUAACGUGGCGUGUAUUCUCACGCUGCCGCCGUACCAGCGCAGAGGUUACGGAAAGUUCCUCAUAGCGUUCAGUUACGAGCUGUCGAAGCUGGAGAGCGCCGUCGGUUCUCCAGAGAAGCCUCUGUCUGAUCUGGGGAAGCUGAGUUACAGAAGCUACUGGUCCUGGGUCCUGCUGGAGAUCCUCAGAGACUUCAGAGGAACGUUGUCCAUCAAAGACCUCAGUCAGAUGACCAGCAUCACGCAGAGUGACAUCAUCAGCACGCUGCAGUCGCUCAACAUGGUGAAAUACUGGAAAGGUCAGCAUGUGAUCUGUGUGACGCCCAAACUGGUGGAGGAGCAUCUGAAGAGCGCCCAGUACAAGAAACCACCAAUCACAGUGGACACCAUGUGUUUGAAGUGGGCUCCUCCCAAAAACAAACAAGCCAAGUUGUCCAAGAAGUGAGAAGCGGAGCCACAGACGCCACAUCUGUCCCAUCAGUCAACCACUCCAGCUGUGUAUAUACUAUUUCCUCCUCAACCAGUAAAAUCCUGCUGUUAUUAAAACUUGUAUGUACAUAAAUAUUAGUAUCAUCUGUCAGUAUUUUCUUAAAAUAUAUAUUAAAAAAAAAAAGAUGUGUGUCCUGA